CAUACAUUUUGAAACAAUCCACGGCGCGCAGGGUUAAGAAAUUUCUCCACUUGCAGCAUAUAAUAACCUGCUGGUUCAGAAAAAAAACGGAUUUAUAUCUGCCGCCAUCCUGCGCUGGUUUUAAAUACCUGGUUGUUUGAGCAGAAACUUGUCUGUGCUCUGUAUUUGACUGCAUGUUGAUCAGUAACAGGUAGGAUGGAGCUACAGAAGAUUAUCCAUGAUGCACUGUAUGACUUCGUCCGAUCGCACAUAAUGCAUGCAGAUCUGAGCACCCUGGACGAUGUGCUGCUUUCCUACAUCACUGGUGUGCUGGAAGAUUUGGGCUCCCAAGCAAGUGCUGAAGAAAACUUUGACGUUGAGGUGUUUGUUGAGAUGCUUGAAGCUUACAUUCCAGGAUUUUCCAACAUAGAUUGUGUUCAGGUCUGUGAAAUGAUGUUUAGCUUGGCCUCAAAAUUAGCCUCAGCAAGGAAUGAAGAGUUGAAGACAGAAGAGGGGAAUUGUUCCUUGACUCCUGCACUAGAGCAAAGAGUUCCCAUGCAAAAGACCCACAGCAACUCCUCACAUGUAGAGGGAGCCACAGCCAAGGUGAGCAUUACAGAGUGGGAUGAACAGGAACAGCACCUUCUGGAGAUGUUUCCUAAGUGUAGCGUGACCGAGGCCAGAAGUGCAUUAUCUAUUGCUAAAGGAGACAUGGAGGAAGCUGUUCGACUCAUUAUUGAGGGAGAUGUGCAGCUCAGUCCCACCCCUCCCCUCAGUGGAAGCCAAGGGAAGACAGUUUCUGCACAAGCUGAUGAGAAGCUCAAAGCAAAUAUUUUAGAAAAGUACAUGUUGGUAGAUAGUGAGGAAGAUAAGAAAAUACACAGACCGUUCAUCCCAAAAGAUGCUCCAAAGAAGUUGGUGCGUUACCAUGGCAAUCAAGUGGUGACUACCAAGGGAGAGCGCUACCAUCUGGUCAAGAAAGAUGAAACAGAGGAAAUGAAAAAGACUUAUGUUAGCCUUAAACCAGCACGCAAAUACCGCUUUCAUUGAUGAUGUCUGUACAAUUACACAUCUGGUUUUUAAGUUUUAUUUAUAACAGGAGUGAUUUGGCCUGUAUAUGUGCUUUUAUGUGAGGUCCUAUUUUUCACUUUUUUUGUCGCUUGCUUUUUUGGGGUAUGGAUGAUUCAUACUCUAUUCCGUUCUAACUGCACUGACAAUGAAAUCUUUACAAAGAUUUGUUUUGGGGAAGUCUUUUACGUUUUGUUUUUGUUUUUUUGGUUUAGUUGUGUUUUAUGUACCAACAUCGGUUCUAUGUUACCCCUCCUAACUGCCAAGGGUGGUUAAAAGAAACCUCUCUGUGUGUGUGUGUGUCCAUGUUAACAAGACCUUCCACAGUCAUAUAGUGGUAGCCAUCCUCCCCCCUUUCUUCAUGUUCAUGGAGCUAUCCAAUUAUCAGCUUGUUGACUGCAUUCAGAACUACAGAUGACUUGUUUUCCAAGGCUAAGGAUAACCUCCUCUCAAUCUCUUCUACCUCGUUGAGUGUACUUCUUGUAUAUUAUGAAUAUAUAUAAUAUAAUGAAUAUUAUUCAUAGAAUGUUACUGUAUUGCUCAGUAUUACUACGUUGUAUCACUCACCACAUUGAUCACUACCUUAAAACGGUCACGUUCCAUGCUGUCUAGCGAGCUACCAGACCACUAAUCCACAAGGAUGUAGUGUCUGACUCUGGACAUCCUCUGUGCUGACUGCAGCAGUCUCAAUGUCGACGGAACCCUCUAAACCAGCAGAUUUAGACCCUUCAGAGAUUCAUCUGGCCCAAUCUCUGUAGCGCAUACAGCUUGUUGGCUGCAAAAUGCCCACAUCUAGCGAUGACUGAUAAGCAUAACAAAAAGCCUAGAGAGCAAUCUGAGCUGCUCUCUAAAUGAAUUCAUGGCUUUGAAGCAGACAUGGCUCAGCUAAAAUCAGUGAUUCAGGAGCUGACACCAUACAACUGGGAGGCUCGGAGUUUUUAACAGCACACUCAGAGUUCAAUGCCCAGUCAUCCUUUUCGUUCCUUAUCAAGGGAGGAAACUGUCCAUCCUGUGCUGGAGGCUGACUUCCUAGUCGUCACUUCAGCUUAAAAGAGUUGGAGAAUUACAUGCUCUGGCAAUAAGCUCAUUUUGCAUGUGUUGAUGACCAGAUGUUUCUGGAGAGACCUUGUGGUUGAAUCUAGGAUUUCUGCCCAAGGUCAUAUAAACCAAUUGUUGAAUUGGUUGAUUGACCUUGUAGCAGGGUGAGCCUGCUUGUUGUGGCUGGUACACACCCUACAAUAUUGUCAAAACCAGACGGUGUCCACCUGAUCCAUAGACAAAAGACACCCCUGGUGUAAACAGAGGCUGGUCCACAGGUUGGUGAACUUCAUCAACAUCACCUAUAAAACGGCUGGACAGCCACCCCUACUGUGACAUGGCACUCUACAAGGAGGGUCUCCUUAUUUUUGGGCAUUAUUUAGAGACGCCUCCAGGAAUUCUUUGCUGCUGCUAGUACUACCUGGACUUCACCAUGCACAUUCUCUAGCUUCUACAGGUGGCUUGAGUGCCGAGGUUAUCUCUGAGCGCACUCAAGGAUAUUCAUGUUCAUGACAUUGUUGGCAUAUGUUAUCCAGGUGAUUCCCACCCCUGGUAGUUAGGUGGGAUGAACUAGAAUUAUGUAACUGUGCUUUUAUGAACCCCAGAUAAACCCAAAGGGUCCUUCUCAUUUGAAAACAGCGCCAGCUCAGCAAGAAGGUUCCACUGAAAGAUGGCUUUAUUAUGGUGGUAUUUAUUGUAAAUACUGCAUCAUACGUCACUACAUGACUUUGAAAGGUCUUGGCACACACUCAAGAAGGCACCAAGGUGUCCCUGGCUGUCCCUAGCGGGUAUCCAGGGUUUAUAUACAUUACAUACAUAACAUGCAGUGUUUUAAGGAUAAUGAUAGUUAGGCAUGCAUUUUGAAAUCUGAUUGUCAUGGGGUAAUGAAAUGUGUCAGUCAGUAAUAUAUGCUGCUAAGUGGCUGUUCUGUUAUAAAAACAACCAAUCCAACAGUUACUCAGCCUCAGCAUUAUUAAAGCUGGGAUGUAGUGAGAUUAAAUGACCAAAGGCUCUCCUUGGGGUGGGGGGGGAGUUACACUGUAUUUUUUUAUGCAGAUACAAAUUAUACAAGCAUCUCCCAGUUUCAUUGCAUUAGUACUUGUAGUGUAAAUUCUUUUGAGCUUUGAGUGAUUUACACCGGAUCCACAGUAAUUUUUUAUUUUUUUUUAAAUAAAGUAUUACGAUGUAUUUUAGUCUCAUUCUGCUGUUCUGUAUUAGAAGUGUUGUGUACUUUGGUGUGUACAGUUCUGCAUGGUUUUAGCUGAUGGAAGAUGACUGUUCAUGUAACUCACGUUCACUAUUCAUAGUAGUACAGGAACCCUUGUGUAUGAAUAUUUGUAAGGUGUCAUUUGUGCUCAGGUUAUGCAGUUCCUCAUGAAGUGACAUCUGCUAACUGAUAAACUACAAAACUGUUGAAACGCAUAAUUUUGAUUUUUGCUGUAUGAUUAACAUAAAGAUGGAUAUAAACUUA